AUGUCGCAGAUUGAGGAUAGCGUGAAAGGCUCUCUAGGUGUCUUGUUAUUGGGAGGCAUGGCUGCUACUGCUCUUUCCGGGGUUUCGGCCAUUUUAACCUUUCUUUAUUUCCGCCUGUAUUCUGACGACCCUUGGCAUCGAAAGGCUAUGGUUCUAUGGCUCUGGGCUCUGGAUGCAACCCAUACAUGUCUCAUCAGCGCAUCUAACUGGAGGAACCUUAUUCUAUACUUUGGGGACGAGGAUGUAGUGGAUUAUAUUCCAACGACGACAUCAUUGACUAUUCUCUUCACGUGUUUCUCAAGCUUGACAGCACACAUUUUCUACGCAUCGAUGCUCUGGAGAUUGGGUCGAAGACUACCAAGCAAAAGAGCGUGGUUGCCUGUGCCACUGGUCCUCCUUGCUCUUUUGCGAUUUUCUCUUGGUAUAAAUUCGACUAUACGCACUCUACAGUUGAAGAGCUGGACGCACUUCAUCCACCGCUACAGCUGGUCAAUGAACACGUCAUACUCUGCCUCAGCAGCCAUCGACAUAUACAUAUCGACGAUGUUGUGUCUGCUGUUGCAGCAUGAAAAGUCGUCUACCAAUUUGUCUGCUGCGAAAGGAAUAUUGGACAAGAUCACACUAUAUACUGUCAAUAACGGAUUGAUUACCUGUACUGUAGCCCUGAUGUCCUUGAUUAGUUGGUUUGCGUUCAGAGGGACGUUGGUCUUUCUCGGGACACACUUCCUUAUUGGAAAGUUGUACACUUGCGGAGUCUUGUCUACGCUUGUCAUGCGUCGAUUCUUACGUGAAGAGUACUACAGUAAUACAAUUCUCAGUGCAAGCCGGUCUCCGAUAUCUCCUCGUAGCGUUCAAUUUACAUCCCCAAGAUCUCCCAGGACGCCAGGAAGCGAUGUGUUGCUCACACCACCGAAUAGCGCGCGGACAUUUUUCCCAAACGAUGUCAGUGGCGCAGGCGACCGGACCACGAAGUACGGUGCCGAGUCGAAACUCAGCCGGAUCGCCGUCCAAGGCUCUGACUAUUACGACAUUGAAGAGGAAACAACGACGGGUACCACUGUAGUGUAUACGGUGUCCAGGGAGGAUUAACGUGUGGGUCUAUGACUUCAUUUGCAGCUCGCUAUACUUAAUUUUUAUCCCUUUCGACGUCACCUUAGCAGUUCUCAUACUGUUUCUUGAGUUAUUUUUUCAGACGUGAACGUACCGUCUAUACUUUUGCUCGAUGACGGGACUCCGGGUUUGUUAUAAUUAUCCGUUUGGUCGCCCUCCUUUAC